AUUUAAAUUAAAAUAUAUCAUUCAAGCCCAUAAUUAAAAUUCACCAGAUCAACCUACCAUAGUAUCCGGUUUUAAUAAACGGUUGCAAGUGAAAAUGUAACCGGUCUUCUCCAAAAGAUGUAAUUAGCCUCCGUUCUUAGAAAAAAGAAGAAGAAGAAACAUUAUUCUAACUAUCUUUUCAUUUUUUAGACCCAAGUCCUAGCCCAAGACUGAAACAUCCUCCCUCUCAAUUCUGGCGGGAGCCAAACGCCGUUGUCGGAGAAAGGGAAGUGGUUUACUUCUAGUGGCGGCUAAAGGACUUUCUCUAUACAUAAUGGGGUCUGAAUCAACUCUCCCCGAGUGGGCUCAAAGCCUUGCAUUAUGGGUAUAGAUGAAGCUGGUCGUGUUCCAGUUCUUGGCACUUUAUUACUCAACCUAUGGUGUACGGAUGCUUGUGCUGUGCUUGCUCAUAUGAGAAGACUCUCUACCCUCAACUUUGCAGGUUUUGAUUUCUUCAACUUAAUUUUGAUCUGGGUUUUGUCUACUUUCUUGUGAAGGUUUUGUCUUUUUUUUUUUUUUUAAUUAGUUCAAAUUUCCUUUUGAACUGGAGCUAGAAUGAUGGUAUGUGAUGGUGGUUAAUAGAAUUUUUGUAAAACGUGCCAUGUUUAGCCAAAAGAAUAUUAUUUGCUUCAUCUUUAUAUUUGAAAGUUUGGAUCUUUAUCAACAAUGGCUAUCAUUAGCUGCUAGUACCCCUCAAUUAUGUAGACUAGAGCUUGAAUAAUGGAAAAGUUUUUAUUUAGAUUUUUAUCAGAGCUUGAAAAAUGGUAUGCGAUGCUGAAUGGAAUUUGGGUUGCAAAAUGUUGUAUUGAAGUUAAAAGAAGGAUUGCAUUUUAGCUUUUUUUUCGAGAGUUCGGUAUUAUUUUUUUUUAUCAACAAUAGCAAUUGUAAGCUACUUGCGCCCUUUCAAUACAUGGCUUCAGAUAUGUAUGGUUUUUUUUGGAAAAAAAACGAUGAUUCUAUUUUGUUGUUUUGUUGCUUGUCGAUUCAAAGACUUUAAAAUAAGAGAAAAGGGAGGGGUGAUUUUGAAAAUCUAAAGGCUAAUGAAUCAAUUGGAUGGGCUGUUGAUGUUAUUGAUCCGAGGGAGCUCUCGGCUAAAAUGCUUAAGAAGAAUAAGAUAAACCUGAAUGAAAUAUCACAGGAUUCUGCUAGUGGCCUUGCGAAUAGGGUGCUAAACAUGGGAGUUCUUUUAACCGAGAUUUAUGUGGAUACAGUGGGAGAUCCUGAUAAAUAUAGAAUAAAACUGUCUGAAAGUUUUCCUUUUGUCAAGUUUGUUGUUGCAAAGAAGGCUGGUAGUCUUUAUCCAGUUGUGAGUGGAGCAAUUAUUGUUGCAAAGGUAGUGAUUUCCCACCCAUUUGAUUCCCUUAAUUUGUUCUUGCCAAUAUGUUUAUCUUCUGUUCAACCGAGGAGGUUACAAGAGAUUGGACCUUGUGAGGAUGGGUACUUGAUGAAACAGCUUAAAACAUGGCUAGGAAUUUUGGAUCUGGAUACCCUGGAGUUUUAUUGUUGCGUGCAAAUCCUGAAACUAAAGCUUGGUUGGAACAAACACGAACACUCAGUAUUUGGAUUCCCAACACUGUUCCGCUUCAGUUGGGGUACAUGCACACCCUAUUCCAAGAACAUGGUUGACGUCUUGGGUCAAUUAUCGGUCCUUUCUUUACUUUCCCAUAGCAAUACCCUUCUUCUGCAGCUGCAUCAUUGUGCUGCGUGAUGUGAGGUGCUAUGUAACUCUAAAACCGAAGACAGGAACUAACUUAUCUCAGCUUUUUUUAAUGAGAUGGGUAAUAUCACUUCUUUGUUCAGUCAUAACUGCAUCCAGGGAAUGUUUUAGGGGUGAGGUCAAUUUGAAUGAUCUAUGAUUAUUGGGGCCUUGUUCAUCCUUGGACUGGAGGAGAGUCUGAGGUUUAUAGCCAUACGUGUAACCUGCUAGUAUAAAAGUUUGAUGGACCCCCUUCAAAAUAAAUGUUGCUUCACAAUUCCUUGCUUCUUUUUCUCUUUUGCAUGAGAUGCCAAAACAGGCACAAAACUUUAGUCAGUUGUCUUUGAAGGGUGCACUCCAUGUUACUCGCUCAUGAAUAUGGUCCACUUUGUAGAAAGCAGGAUUGAUUCUUGUAUUUUCAUGGGUGCCAUUUGCAGUCUGAGCUGUGUGGAAUUUAACAAUACCUCAUUUUACUGUUUUCUUUGCAAUCCAUUCCACAAGAAGAAAACGGUAAAGAUAUUGAAUGUGUCAUGCUUUGCUGCAUUUUUCCUUUUUAUUUUUAAGCAGAGAAUUGGAUAAAUUAGUGGAAGAUGGUUCUAGUAGUAGCAGUCAGAAGCGGCAACUAAAAUCAAGCAGUUUUGGUGUCACAACGUCCAAGAGGAAAAGUGAGGAAACUGAAUCUAGUGGUAAAAGCCGCUGCAACUUUUUCCAUACUCGCAAACUUGUGCAACUUACUAAUUUAGCAAUGAAGUUUGGUUGCUGUUUUAUUCCAUACCUACAGUAACUAUUGCUUACCUUCAUAUAAAUGAAUCGAAGAACUAUCCCAGCA